AUGGGGCCCAUCCUUACCGACGCCGACCCGCCUAUGCUGGGUCAGCUCCAGGCGUUUGGCCUCCUGAUCGUAUAUUGCCUGGUAUACGUCCUUCCUCUUCACCUCUGGGCGGCAACACGCGCCUCACGAUCCCGUUCCAGAGACGCACCGGAAGCCAUUCGCGCCAGGAUUCGAUCCGUCUCCUUCUCGACUGCCGCCUGCUCACUGGCGACGCUCUUCAUCAUUCUCGGCUCCACCUCAAACCCAUCGUCUGAGACUCCGCUUGAUCACCUCACCCUCGCCCUUCACCUCAUGGGAUACUGGCCCGUUGGCUACAUAGAGACCAUCAAGAGCCUUUUGCUCACCGCCCUCCUCUUUGCCGGGCCUCUGUAUGAAUGUCUCGUAGUCGAUGGCCUUUGGAUCCAAUGGCUCCGCCUCGAGCCCGUACAUCAUGUCUGGACUGAAUGGCCGACAUGGCGUAACAUGGUUGCGGGGCCUGUUACCGAGGAAUGUCUCUUCCGAUCCGCUGCCGUCCCCUUACUCCUCCUCGCCGGCUCAGACAUGAGGUCCAUCAUCUUCUUCUCUCCAGUUGUGUUCGGCGUAGCCCAUGUCCACCACUUCUACGAAUUCCGCGUCACACACCCGGGAACCCCGCUUGCGGUAGCCGUCGCCCGAUCAGUUCUCCAGUUCUCUUACACCUCCAUCUUCGGAGCUUAUGCAACCUUCAUCUACUUGCGAACUGGCUCCCUCAUCGCAGCCGUCUCCAUCCACACCUUGUGCAACUCCAUUGGGCUCCCACGGGUUUGGGGUGUCGUUGAGCCCUACUGGCUGCACACGCAUGUCUCGAAACAGGCGCGUUGCUUGCUGCCAUGGACCGUGCUUUACUAUGCCCUGCUCCUCGGUGGUUGCUUGCUGUGGAAAUUUAACCUAUACUCGUUGACAGAUUCGCCCAUGGCGUUGACUGUCGUCUAA